AUAACCGAUAUAAACCAAAGUCGGAAUUAUCGGAGUACAACUCCUCAAAAAUAGAGAGGACCUCUGUCCGUACCUUACACUUUUUAUUAGUGUGACACUUCUUUGAAAAUUGAUGAACAUGUUGUUCUUGACCACAAUGUUUUUUAACAUUAAAAAUAAAUAAAAUCGCAACUCUCUAUAAUCACUGUAAACUGAAGCUUUCACAUUUAGAAUGAUGAUGAAUUGACAGAUUCACGAAUGUUGUACUCAUACAUAUGUACAUAUGUCACAUUUCCUCAACAGUAUUUAUCUUCCGUUUACUUUACAGCAAUGUUGAACUGAACCCAGUGAGAAUGAAUGUUCUGAGUCUAUUUUACGCGUCUUCUACUCAAAACCAGUACUUACCAGUGACAAAGAAAAGCUAAUUUUUGAGAGAGAUAAUUACAAGUGAAUUAUAACUAAAUUAUUUAGCCUUGAUUUAAAAGCGUCUGCAACUUUGCAUAUUUUAAUUUCAUAUUUUAGUUCCAUAGCAUUCCUUAAAAGUUUACAAAUAAGCUUACGAAAGCAAAUUAAUGAAGAUUCCAUGUCAGUCCACGAUGUCAACAUGACAAGGCUAAUUAAUAUUCCUAUGAAUAUUUCUUCUGCUUGAAGGGUUAAAUUAACUGUUAAGGCAUUAUUAGUAGGCAUAAUGACAGAAACUUGACAUCAAUCUUCCUAGCAACCAGUAGGGUUGAAAUCAAGCUCAUUUCGCUUCGAAUUACACUAAGGCCAACAGUAUCUGUAAUCAACUAUUGCGUAAAGCACUGUCAUAAUAUGAACCAUUUAUGUAUUUACUUGUAUUUACGAUUUAUUUGUCGUAUCUAACAAAAUAUUCUCCUUCCUCUUUUGCUGCCUUCCUUCAAGGCAGACGACUGCGAUAUAAUUUUACGAUCAACAUAUCUCGCUUAAUUACUUCAUACAAAGGUGAAAGCUCUCUAUACAGAUCGUUAAUCCUCAAAACGACUGAAGUGUGAUUAAGGUAUAAACAUUUUUAGAUUUCGUCAGGUAGUCUUAGACAAAUAGUGUGAUGAAAAUAAUGAAUUUCUUUGUGAGAUUCCAUCUCAAUCUAAUUUUCUGUUAACAGUUUACUCACUGGUGAUCCAAGUAGAUCAAGACCAAGUAAGUCAAUAGCCUUUCUUUGACGAAUCACGCGUGAGUCGUGUCAAACUGUCAUUUUACUUUUGUUCAGUAUUGUUUGGUACUUCAUCAUGGAAAGACUUAAGCCUGAACAACGUUUAAAGAUCGUUUAACUUUAUUACAAAAAUUCACGUACUGUAAGUAAUGUGCUUCUUGGUACGCCUCGCUCAACCUAUGGUCUACAUAUUCGACCUACUGAGCGUACUAUUCAAAAAGGGGGGUUUCUCAUUCGAAGCUGUUGGUAUUUUUUCAUUGGUAGCGAGUUUGCCACGGCGAAUAUCGCAUUCGAAGGAACGAUGAGACAUGAGACAUAACACGACAUUGACAUAGUUCAACGAAUUUAAAGACAGCAGUUACGCUGGCUAGGUCACGUCGUCCGAAUUGACGAAAGCACUCCAGCUGUGAAAGUAUUCGACGCAGUACCCGCCGGGAGAGGCAGAGGAAGAGAAAAAUCUGCACUCUGUUGGAAAGACGAGGUGGAGAAGGAUCUGGCUUUGCUUUGAAUCUCCAAUUGAUGCCACGUAGCGAAAAGAAGAAACGACUAGCGCGGUGUUGUUAACUCGGCUAUAACCACAUAAGCGGUUUCUACGCUAGCGUACUUUUCGCAACACCAUCACAAGACCCAGCAUUAAUUAUAUAAUAAUAAAGAGAGCAACUCGGAACGACGUAUGGAAAUGAAACUUGUACAAGAACAGAAGCCGCUCGACCUUCUCAAGCGAUAUCGAUUCGCUCUAUGGGCUCUUGAAAAGUUCCAAGAAGAUCCGACGUUUUCGAACAAAAUUUUGUUCAAGGAUGAGGUCUAUUUCUGACUCAAUGGGUAUAUAAACAAGCAAAAUUACUACAUUCGGCACGAAGAGCAAUUUGUAGAGAUCCAAGACCUGCUAUUUCAUUCAGAAAAAACAACGGUUUGGUGUGGUUUGUGGGCCGUUGAAAUCAUCGGUCCAUAUGUUUUUGAAAAAUGACGCCAGUGAGAACGUUUCCCUCAAUAACGACCUUAUCGCGUCAUGAUAACCGACUGCAUGGUGCCUGAAAUUGAAGCUCGUGAUCUCGGCGACAUUUGAUUUCAACAAGACGGCGCCAGUUUCCACACGACUCAUAAAUCAAUGGAUUUAUUUAGAUAAUUUCAUGUUUAGGGCCGGUUGAUUGGCCACCAAGAUCGCGUGAUGUCACCCCGUUAGACUUUUUUCUAUGGGGAUAUGCAAAAUAUAAAGUCUAUGCGGACAAUUCCACUUGGAUUCAGGCCUUGGAGCACAAGAUCACGCGUGUCAUUCGCCAGGUACCAAUUGCAAUACUUGAAUGAGUCAUCGAAAACUGGAUUCAAUGGAUUCUGAGACACAGCCGUGGCUAACAUUUGAAAGAUAAUCUCCAAAAAAAAAAACAAAAAUGCCGAAGAAUGUUCUUUCAAAUAAUAACAAAUAUUCUUCAUUAAAUUUGAAAUUUCUGUGUUUUGUCUUUAAAAAAAUAGGGAAACUCAAAAUGGAUCACUCCUUAUAAGCGUGUUGAUGUACCACCUUGUCAUAUUAUAGAGUUAUUGUUUUGAAGCUGCAUCCAAACAAUUUAAAACGUUAUUAUAUCCUGAAUAGAGGACCUAACCAUUUAGGAUUGGGCGAACUAUGUAGAUUGUAAGGUAUUGCUUAGCUCUGUAGACAGACGUUUUAUACUUUCUCAGAUUAACUGCGGAUUUAAAGGGCUAUCUUGUUCAAUCAUUUAACAUAUUCAGUCGAUUUUGUCAUAUAUUAUGAAAUUCCAGGCUUCCUUAUACCGGGUUAAGUGAGACCGAAAGAAAAUAUAUUUAUUUUAUAUCUUUUUGUUAUUCAACAUGCAAGAAUCUUACUUUUACCAAAACUUGUCAUUGCUCUAUAAACAUUGAGCAUAACUGUAAACCAUAUAUUGUAUAUACAUAUGUAUGUGCGCGUAAAAGUAGAAAUCACAUCUUUGGCUUAAGAAAACAAUAGAAUGUACAAUAUGGCUUUUAGCUUUUACUUCUCCUUAUCUUCAUUUCGCACAAAAGGCAUUGUGCCAUUGUGGCAUUCGCAUUAAAUUCAAUUUAUUUGAAAAAUUCCUCUUAUUUGUUGUAUCGUAUAUUUUGAUUUUGCAAAGUUUCCCAGCGACGGCCUACACCGUCGUCUCAACAACUGCUUCGACCAAUGGAAGAAAACAACAGCCAGCCAGACUCAUAGACAAGGUGCAAAUUGAAGCAAAUAAGCAUCAAAAGCUCACAGGCAAGACAGAACGCAAGCAGCUAACGAAUCUUACGGCACUUGUGAGCUCGGCCACGGUAACGGCAACAGCACCUUUGCGCUUUAGGCGCUUUCGAGCAUUUUAGCAGCCGAUGCCACUUCAGUUCGUUUCGCACGGUGCCGGAGAACGCUGGAGCCUGCCUUCGUGCGAUCACACGGUGAUUUCAAGUUUGUUUUUCGUCAUCGAGACAAGACACCUGUUCGUUGAAAGAGCGAUUAGUGCGUAUAGCACACAAUUUGGCAGAAGUGAGGUGAAAGAGUGCAAAAGCAAAUGAAAUGUGCAAAAGUCUGCUAUGAAUAUUCAAUCAAAUGGAAACACACUGAUGACAGCACGCCCUUCAGCAUGACUUCCGAGAACCAGCCUGCCCGCACCACCGAAGCUGCCAGGACUGCAUUGCCAAGGAAAAACUGCUUUUUCACCCAACUAUCAUCGAAGUCCUUCAAUACGCGACUCUCCGGCUCCGCGGAGCGACAAACGCACAACCAGCAAUCCAAUUCACCCUUACAUGGACCCUACAGGCAGACGCGCAGUGUGCCGGAGGGUCGCUUUGCCAGCGGAAGCGGUGCACAGCAUUUAAAAACACUACUUUACGAGUUCCUGGCAAUAACGUCAACCGCCGCGACAGUUGCAGCCACAACGACAGCGACAACAGGUUCACAACUCACGCACUUCAAUGUUGCAACAGCGUCAACCGCAACACCGUCAAUUGCCACAAAGGCAACUUCAUUUGCGGUAGUGCCGACAACCUUCGCCACAACUCUGAGUGCAGUAUUUCCCAGCAUUACAUCCCCAAAUGCAUUUAUUCAAAUGAAUGCCAACACUGUCGGUGGGGAUCCCCCCUAUUCAGAUGACAGCGCCCAAUUCACUCCUUACGACUCUAGCACUGAGUCUGUUUUGAAUGCUAGCAGUGUUACCGUGAGCUAUGCCGCCACCACUGUCAGCGCUCACAUGGCUGCCUCCAUGGACGCCUACCUGGUGGCGUUACCCUGGCCGAAGGCGCUCGCAGUGGCAAUUUUCGUGCUGCUGAUCCUGGUGACGGUGGUCGGCAACACACUAGUCAUACUGUCCGUGCUGACCACACGCCGGCUGCGAACCGUCACCAAUUGCUUCGUGAUGAACCUGGCCAUCACUGAUUGGCUUGUGGGCACGUGUGUGAUGCCACCUGCUGUUAUGCUCUAUGUUGUUGGUAGCUGGCACUAUGGUUGGAUCUUGUGCGACAUUUGGAUUUCACUGGACGUUCUGCUCUGCACCGGCUCCAUACUGAGCUUGUGCGCCAUUAGCCUGGACAGAUAUCUCGCAGUGACUCAACCCCUAAAUUAUUCCAAAAAACGCCGUUCGAAGCGCUUGGCAUUGGGCAUGAUAUUCAUUGUGUGGGUGACGGCGCUAUUAAUCACAUGUCCACCGUACUUGGGGUGGUAUGAUCCGGGACGUCGGCACGAAGGUAAUGUCGUUUGCCGCUACAAUCAAAAUAAGGGAUAUGUGGUGUUUUCCGCAAUGGGCUCAUUUUUCAUUCCGCUCGCCGUUAUGAUGUACGUUUACAUGAAGAUUGGCUAUGUCCUCACGUCGCGGAGACAGCGCAUGGUGCGUGAUGCGAAGUCGGAGCGCACCGCGGACCAUGAUAUAGACUGUGACAACUUUAUUUCCGAGUCGGAGCAUUAUCAAUGUGCCACGCCGAAAUUUCCCUCCUUCAAGUCGCGUUGGGGUAGCGGCCAUGCAAACAGCAACAACUGCUCUGCCAAAAAUCUCAGUUUACAUUGCAGCAAAUGCAAUAAGGCCUACCUCGGCAAUGUCAACGGUGGUAGUGCCAGCAUUAAUGGUGGCGGUCUCAAGCAUCAGGCAUCGUUCUACGAGUUGGUUGAGGUGUCACGUUUAACAUCAAUAAUUCAGUGUUCGGCAAUCAAUUGUAAAUACGCCGGCGUCUGUAUGCAUUCCAGUGCGAUGGGUGUGCCGCUGGCCGAACGGCGCUCCUCCUCAUUGCCCAUGCAAGAAGUGCACUUCAUCGAGGAUGGCACGUCGUUUUCUAAUAAUUGUCUGGCAGCCAACUCCACGCUUACCACAAGCAUGACCACAACAAGAGGUUUGAAAUUCAAUCCGAUGUUGGGACAAAAUCAAGAUCAGGCGCAAAUAAACCAUCACCACAAUCACCACCAUCAUGCCCAUCGCAUACCGAUGCGUGUGUCCACAACGAAGCGGGAUUCGAAAACCGCCAAGACGCUGACCAUCGUUAUGGGCGGCUUCAUCGCCUGUUGGCUGCCGUUCUUUACCUACUACUUGUUGAUGCCAUUCUUGCCCCCGCCGGCGGUGUUUGAUGGUCUCAUGUCCUUUCUGACAUGGGUCGGCUGGGUGAACUGCGCGAUUAAUCCUUUCAUCUAUGCUUUCUACAAUCCCGAUUUUCGCACCGCCUUUUGGCGUUUAACUUGUAGACGCAUUUGUAAGCAGAAGCCGCCACUCAACCAUAUGGCCAUGUUUCGGGGCUAAAAUGGUGCACAGAGCAUUAAGCGGAAGGCACUACCCAAGACAGUGGCUCUCUGCUACAGGACAAUCAAAUUACAUUUUUUCCAGUGGAGAAAAAUGCGCGGGUGUAUAUAUUUGAAAUGUAAUAGUACUAGAGUGCCGUUGAAGUGCCAUCAAAAAGGAGCUAAGAAAUGUGAAACUAAAACAAGCAGAAAUAAAAAUGAAAAAGACAUAGCAGGAGGGUCUGAUGGUAGUGGUCAGUAGUGUAAGACUUCAGGGGGUUUGUAAAAUGUAUUUCAAGCUGAUUGAAACAAGUAAGAAACUGUGGAGCGUUUCCGUUUUUCAUUUCGGCCGUAAGCGUUGUCAGUUGUUGGUGGCAGGACGCCUGGAAAGGACAAAUCUGCUAAGCAGCCCGAAGAUUGAUGGUGUAAACGAGCAACAAGGGAGAAUACAAACUGUUGACAGGGAAAUUAAAGCGUUGCCAUUUAUUUAGAUCUGCCCAGCGGAGAUUCUUCAGUCGGCAGUGGAGGAGCGCUGGUUCGGCAGCAGAAAUGAAAAUAAAUUUGUGGCAGGUGCCUUUUCUCCUGAGCGCAUUCAAACGCUUGAAGAUUUACAAACGAGCGAACAAAAGAUAAACCUUUCAUUUAUUUAUUAAAUAUUCAAAACCAAACACAAACGGCCGCCGCGUAUAUUCUAAAGCAAAAACUUAGCUGUAAACAUACUUAUAAAUACAAUAUAUAAACGUAGAUAUUUACAUAUUUAGGUAAAGUCUUAGCCAAUUUGUGAAACCAUAUUGCCAUAUACAAAGUACUGUGUAAGCUUAGCUAACUUUAUCUCUAAAUCAUAAAAUAAACCUUAGCAAAGAAGCGAAAUAAAAAUACACUUCUUUUUUGAAACUGUAUAACUGUUUAAUUCACUUUAUUCUUUUAAGAAAAUAUUUGCAGAAUUUGUAUGAACUUAAUAUUAGUUGAAUAUUAUACAUACAUAUAUCAUAUUCAGAGAAAAUAAACAGCUAUUAAGUGGUAAAAUAAAUUGUUUACU